CUGGCUUGCAGCUGCAGAUUCAACUGUCUGCUUCUGCUUGCUACGUUUGAUGUUUGCUAUUCAUCAUCAGCACCUGGUCGUCGUCGUUGUUGCUGCUGCUACAAUGACAAAUCUUCAAGCCUCUCAACAUAGCGACAAUGGGCAUCUAUAAUCCAUCUCUUGGGAAGAAUAAAUCCCUACUAAUUGGAAACCCAGAGCAGUUUUCUAAUAAAUCAGAACCUGAUGAUCGAUGCGCAUGCGUCCACAACGUACAGGGCUGUCUAAUGAUAUACAGCGGCCACUGUGCUCUCUUCACUUCAGUCUCUUUCCCCCCCCACCUCUUCAACUUCUCUCUUACCUCAUCCCAUACUAGUAAGUUCUGUCUCCGCUAUUGAGGUCCUUUAUCCAACAACAGAUUCUUCUUGUAGGCCCCAAAAUCAUGGUGCCCACAGCUCAGUCAGAAACAAGGCCGUGGCGGCGAUCGGCUUAAGAGAGACGACUGGUGGAAGUGGCGAAGAGAUUGCAGACAAACCAGAUGACCAUCCUAGCACUAGCCUUAACCUGUUCGCGUGACGACAAUUCAAAAUGAGAAGGAAUACGUUGGCAAUAUGGGAUCACUCUAAAAGAAGCAUUCGUGAUAUUUUGAUGCUCAACGCAUGGAGUACGGCUCUUAACUACAGUUCCAACACCCUCUCAUACAUCCAAGGCACUUGGCUGAGACUCAGAAGACAUAAAAGUGGUGGGAUGGUCUGCCUGAGGUCCGAACAGCAUGGCCCUGUGGGGUUGAUCUGGAAUCGGAUACUGGGAUAAAGGAACUACCUUGGAAGGGUCAUUAAAGUUGCUCAUACUGCUUGCUACUUCUAUCCUUGUGGUUUACAAUAAGCGUCGUAAUAAUAAUAAUGCUGUUUAUUCGAACAGUUAGCCAUCAAGAUCAGCUUUAACAUGGUAGCCUACUACGUAGCCUCGCAUAACAAUAGUACUUGUUUCCCUCACCGCCUUACACAGUCGAGUAGCCGGAGAUCAGAUCACCUCAUGAUUCAUGAUCCAAUUCAUUGCUUCUUCUCAGAUUGCACAACAACGAUGAAAGGCUCUUCGAUUCUCAGUCUCAGGGCAUGGUCGAAGCUAAAUCCACCACUUCCUCGCACUCCCCGUGAAUCGCAACAACUCCUAAACGCCCUGACGUCGUCCUUCCGCCGCCAACUCGACCAGGAGUAUCCUCUGCCCUCGUCCUCUGAGAAUACCGAAAAUGGCGACAAACCCGUAAAUCCAGACUCAUCAGCACAUGCCACCGACAGGCAUCUCAAUACCAUCUUGGAUAAUCCACUCUUCAAGGUGGUUCCAUCAAGGGGGACUAUUUCCCAUGAUCCAUCUGGCGCGGCAGCUCUCGAGCAGCAGCGGAGGAUGGUGGAAACGCCAAUGGCAGUAUUUGACGACUUAGUUGCGUCAGGGUCGGUGAAUUCGACGGCACUUGCCAAUUGCCUGAAAUCUCAGCUUCUCCUCGCAUCCACACCCAGCGGUACUGAUGUGAGCACUGCCAUGAAAGCGUCCGGGGCCGGUUCAAAAGUCGUAUCAUGGUUCUGGGCCUCCGAUUCUGCUGCCAGGAAAAUGCUGCUAAGCUCCCGCUCAUUGACUGGUUCUUUACUGAAAUUCAUGGCUGCUGAAGGAAUGCAAGAUACUGUCAUUACCUGGUUGGGUAUGCUACUCAAGCAUGACGUUGGGGGCCGUGAUGGCAGGCUUACGGAGUCCUCCGCACGGCAAUCCUUUUGCCAUCUUCUCAUCGAUUUCAUGGCGGCCGAGAUACAAUAUGGGAACAGGCUGGCCUCGGCAAUGAAAUAUUACCUUCAGGCGUACAAAAUGCAUUCUUUACUGGCCGACCAGUCAUCCCCUGAAUUCAAAAAGCCGUUGCUGUUGUCUCCAGGUGGCCGCCUUUGCCAGUGGACAAUGGAGCACGCUCAUGGCCAAGCAAGGGAUAUUCCCGCUCCUAUAUACGAAGAAUUCAGGGAAAGGAUCUACGCAAUGUCACCCGGAUCGCUGUUAUCUGCCUCUGUGCCGCUUUACCACCCUACAGCCCCCGACACCGGGCUAUUGCUUAAAUUCGUGGAAGGCCAUCCUCCUGAAAAAUGUCGGGCCUGGAGCAACGUUAAACAGGAGACUCUCCUGAGAGUCAGUUUUGAUGCCCUUCGAAUCUUGGUCGACAGAGAUGAAUCUCGGAAAGCCUCGAGACUCGCACAAUAUAUUCAGCAACUGCUACCGAACGAAACUGAUCUGGAGACAACGCCAAAGAAGUAUCACACUUCACCGGAAGAGGAAUAUCUGCUCAGUCGGCUAGAUGUGGCAUUCGCCCUUUGAUACAGGUGACUUGGUGUAGGAGAGGAUAACGCGUGAACAAAGAUUGCGGAUACCCGCAGUCUGUCCAAUCUGGCAUAGAGAAGUAGAAUUGUCACAAGCGCUGCGGCAUCUACAGUGCUCUACUUCGCCAACUAUCGUAUGGUGUCUCUGGCCAUCGCCUCCUCCAGUCUUCACGAUUAUCUUGUGAUUGCGCCUAUCAACAGGCACGAGACAUAAAAUACUUCAAGGCAUAUGAAGAUGAGUAGGCCAUGCGGCGUGUCUAGUUCAUGGAGGGAAGCAUAGAGCCUCCCAGGCCUUAAUCUCGAAUCUCGGGUCUCAUGUCGUCCGAACAUCAUCGGCCAUCUCCAGAUAGAGGAGUGAAUAUGAACCAAACAGAUGGGUUGUAUACAGCAGGCAACCCCAUCGACCUUUCAAGACGACAUUAAAUCAAAUGAAUAUUAUGAUCCACGCGAAGCGGAUAUUGGGAAAUGGCGUUUGCAACGCACUGCGAGCUUAUUAUACCCUUAAUUGACAUCCAAUUGACUAAAUAUGAAAUCCUACCAUCUCGAAUCCUUUAAAUUUCUGAUUUAGAUAGCAAUCAUGGCAUACCGAUC